AUGCAAGUGCACACGGCGCAAGGGCUCCCACCUAUUUGGAGUAAGGCACUGAAACGAUUUAAGGACAGCACCAAUAUAGACCUAGAAGCCAUCGAUGACGAAGGCGAGUCUUCAAUACCGGGGUUGAUAGCGGUAAAAGAUGCCAAGAGCCUGUCGACUACUGUCCACGCAAAGUUCUCGAGCAACAAGAUACUGAAACAUGGACCUGAUCGCAUCCUCGAAUCUUGCAAGCGUGCGUUUGGAGACGUCGACUGCCUUCUGAGUCACGUAACGGAUGCUAAGCAGGGAAAUGUGCGACGAAUAAUCAUUUUUCGAUCGUUUGCCGCGCUCUUCCUCGUCAGCCCAUCUCUCACUCAUGUCAACGCAGUCGUCCACCUAUGGGAUCAGGUGCCACUCAUGGACAGUAGCCUUGCAAACAACGUACCAGCAAGCGAUAGAGCUCCCUUUGAGAACGUUCUCAUAUCCUACGUCACACUAGCGGGGACCGUAUACAAUGUGAUCAAGAAGAAACGUGCGUGGGCCCUCUUCCAUGACCAGAUCAAGCGUGGAUGGGAGCAUACUCUUGCUGAAUACGCAAGUCUUGUAGGCUUGGACGUGCAGUCGCCAAACUUCCCGAGGAAGGUCACCUCGGCCGUGGAGCUACAGGCACAACUCCAAGCACUGGGCUUCAAGGAGAGCGCCGCGGCGGUACAACUUCGAGCGAAUGCCCGAGAACUUGCGGAACUCAUCAUGUCACGAAGGAUACAUGGGCUUGAGGGCGGCGAUAUUGCAUCUCGUGGAAAGACCACUGCAGUCGCGCUCAUAGCAGACUUGACGGCGGGGCUAACAACAAUACUCAUGCGCCUUCCACCCAUCGCACAGGAGGCGGAAUCGUCAGCAGCCGUUAUACUUGCCCAGAUCAAGGCCUCAACACUAAGGAUUACCGGGGAGGGAGCAAAGACCCUACGUUCAGUGUCGGUUCCCUGGAUGUCUUCAUCGUUGUUUGCUCGCAAUGACAAACUGCAAUCCACAAUCCAUGAAUUAGCAUGGCUUGUUGAGAAUGCUUCGAUGACAUACGCAGCUCAGGGCGACCAUAUGCGCCGCCCAUUGACGAUCCUCACUAAAUUGACAGAUACUGCCUCAACGUCGCGUUUCGCAGAUAUAUGGGAGAAGGCGAUAAGGCGUUACACCGCCAGCACCGGUGUCGACAUAUCUGCAUGGGCAGCCGUUCAGCACAUUGACGCGCUGACAUCAAUUGAAACCGCUCUGGAAAACGGACGGUAUACGUUCCAGCAGGAACACAAGAAGGCGGAAGAGGCUGCGAAGGUGGUAGGGCCGGUAGUGAAGUUCAUAAAAACAUUUGUUGAUCCGGCGGCAGAUCUUGCGGAACCCCACCUCCCGGGGGUUAAGCUGGCUGCAGUUGCGCUGGAGAAGCUGCUCGAUGCGGCAGACAAGCUUGGCUCAAGCUAUGAGCCUAUCCUGAGUCUGUUCGAUGCGUUAUCUGACUUCCUGGAUCGCAUGCGUGUCCACCUGACGUCAAGAUCCGACAUUGAGAUCAUGGAGAUCCAUGAAGAAGUCCUUGCUGAGAUGCUGGUGAUAUUUGGUGUAAUCACCGGGCGCAUGAACAAAGGCUUCCUCGGUGCGUGUCUCAUAUCCACCGCAUGGACCUGUUGGCGACUUACUACUGGAGAUGACGACAUUAAGGCUGCGACCACCAGACUGCAGGCUCUGUUGGACAAGGAGGACCGGAUGACUGGUGCACUCGUGUUAUCCAAGCUGAAUGAUGUGAAGCAUGCAGUGGAGGAGGGAUUUGAUGCCGUAUACUCAAAUGUUCUGAUAUGUUUGCACAGAGAAGCAAUCUUCCCACCGCGGCCAGUGCUAUUCUUUGGUCGAAAGGAGGAGCGAGAGUAUCUCGUAGAUGCAAUCCUGCAGCUGAAAUCAAUAAUCGCCCUCGGAACAGGCGGCAUUGGCAAAACGACGGUCAUAACAGACAUGCUGUACGACGAUCAGGUCAUGUCCCAAUUCACACGCCGCUACUUUGUGUCCUGCGAGGAUGUUACCACUCUCGAUGGGCUGCGUACUUGUGUAGCUAACGUCUUAAGCAUGCCUGCAGAGGUGCGGAAUGAGCAGCUACACACUCGAAUCUUGUCAGAGUUAGGCCGUCAGCCAUCUGUCCUCUUUCUCGACAACUUCGAGACGCUUUUCGACGUCGCAGGUGUGCGGCGUGCAGUGGAGACGGAGCUCGAGGCAUACACUGGCGUUGACGGGCUAGCUCUGGUAGUCACUAUGCGUGGAGCUGAGGCCCCUGCUAUUGGCAGGAUUCAGUGGGCGAAACUCGUCCUUACUCCCCUGUCUCACGAAGAGGGCGUAACUUUGUUCAAGAAGACGGCUAGGAUUGCCGAUGAUACCAAUGACCCAUUCAUUGACAAACUCGUCGACGCCGUGGACAGCUUGCCUCUUGCUGUCACACUCCUUGCUCACCAGGUCCAGCCAGAACUUGGAACGACGACGCGAUCCCUAUGGGGUCGAUGGGAGAAGAGACGUAUAGACAUGGUCACGCGCUCAGAUGGCGCUCGAGACAGACUGCUCGAUCUAUCGACCUCCAUUGAGCUGUCAAUAUACAGUCCUCGCAUGCAGCACGAGCCCUCCGCCAAAUCUGUUAUGGCCUUACUUUCCCAGCUCCCGGGCGGUCUACCAUUUGGAACCAAUACAUCGGAGCAGAUGCAGAGCGCCCUCGAAGACUCUGUCGAUCUCUCCCUGUCUCUGCAGACCCUCUGCCGCGUGGGACUGGCCUACGCCGACACGAAUGGAGCCCAUCCGCGCUACCGUAUGCUUGCACCGAUCCGAGAGUACUGUCGAGGUCAUUCUGAGCUACAGCUGUCGAGGUCGCUAUGGGAAUCGCUCACCGACUUCUAUAUACAAUUUGUCGAGGAGAAUGGAGAUUACGUCAAUGCUGCGUGUCUCGCCGUUGUCCCUCCGGAGCUCCCAAAUAUCCGCCAGGUGCUUGCUUCGCGAAACUGGGAGACUGGGGCAACGUCAUCCGCAAUCCGUGCUUCCAUUGACUACACCAGCUGGACAGAGUUUCUUGGAGCCCCGUCCAUUGACAUUCUCCAACUCUGCAUUGCUUAUGUUCAUGACAACGAACUGCUGGGCGACUGCCACUACACCAUGGCAAAUGUAUACUCCAGCCUCGAUCGGAAUGAUGAUGCCGAGACGGCCCUGAAUCAGGCGCUUGAGUAUCACAAAGCUUCUGGCAGCCAGAAAGGCGAAGCGAACGACCUCCAGAACCUCGCGUGGAUAUACCAAUACAGAGGUGACCUCAGGCGUGCAAUGGACCACUUAGAGGAGGCGCUGUCACUUCACCGUGCAAUCGAGGACCGCAAGGGCGAGGCCAGGGCUCUCGGGAGCCUCGGAGAUCUGUUCUAUCGAGAGGAUGACCUCGAGGAAGCAGAAAAAUCACUAAUUGAUGCCCUUUCGCUUUAUCGUGCCAUAAACCACUGCCUCGGGGAGGCAAAUGUGCUUCAAAGCCUCGGAGAUGUGUACUGUCGGAAGAAUUAUUUUUACAAGGCGGAGCGCACAUACAAGAAGGCUGCAUCACUCCACCACUCACUCCAGGAUCGCACCGGCGAGGCCACCGAUCAUCAGAGUCUUGCCAUAAUGUAUUUUCAGAAAGGGAAUCUUGACAAGGCAGAGGCAUCAUCCUGUACAGCUCUGGAUCUCUUCGCUACCAUCCACAAUCGAUUUGGCCAAGCGAACAGCUUGCAAGGCCUCGGAAAGGUGUACCUGUAUCGGGAGGAUCUGUCCAAGGCUGAAGAAUCAUUGAAGAAUGCCCUGUCUCUGCACCAGGCUGUCCAGGCCCGGACAGGGUUAGCUGUUGAUCUCGCAUUGCUUGGCGAGAUCUACAUGAAGUCUGAUCGCAAUGCCGAGGCCGAGAAGGUGCUGCAUGAUGCAGUCGACCUGUACCGCACGAUUCAUAUGCCUCUCGGUGAGGGGAAUGCACUCCAAAUCCUCGGCAAGGUGUAUACGAAGAUGGCGCGCUUCGACGAGGCGGAGGCGAUUCUCACUCGAGCCCUCGAGCUGCACCAGGCAAUUGAGUGGGCAAAGGGAAGUAUCGGGAAUGAUGAGUGGGCUUUGGAGGAGCUUCUCCAAGCUCGAGAGGCGUCAGCUCGCGAUCGAGAAGUCUCGACACCGACUGGGCAUCCGUUACUAUAAUUCUUCCUGGCUUUUUUAUCUGAUGUUCGCAAGAAACAAUUGUUUACGAU